GGAGCUGAAAGGAAAAUCCGAGAUGAAGAAAGAAAGCAAAACAGAAAGAAAUCGAAAGGCCAAGCUUCUCAGGCAGCUUGCCCUAAUGCAGAAGGGAAGUUGACAGCUGUGCCUCUCCAAAAGAAGAGUGACAUCACCUAUUUUAAAACUAUGGCUGACCUGGAUUCCCAGCCUGUUCUUUUCAUACCAGAUGUUCAUUUUGGCAAUCUCCAAAGAGCUGGACAGGUUUAUUAUAACACCGAUGAUGAACGAGAAGGUGGUAGUAUUCUAGCUAAACGGAUAUUCCGCACAGUUGAAGAGGACUUUGUUCCACCACCGUUGAAACAAAUAAAAGAAGAAGGAACAAAGAGAGUUCUCCUGUAUGUGAGGAAAGAAGCGGAUGAAGUGUUUGAUGCUUUGAUGUUAAAGUCUCCCACAGUAAAAGGGCUUAUGGAUGCAAUUUCUGAGAAAUAUGGCCUUCCAGCUGAGAAGAUUACAAAGCUUUAUAAAAAAAGCAAAAAAGGGAUUCUGGUAAAUAUGGAUGAUAACAUCAUUGAACAUUAUUCCAAUGAAGACACUUUCAUCCUAAACAUGGAGAACAUAAUGGAGGGUUUCAAGGUCACGUUGACGGAAAUCUAGUCUAGGCCAGCACAGACCUUGUGAAGUGAAAACAUUUUACCAGGAAGAAGUAAUAAUAAAACCCCCGAUUUCAUUGAUACGGAGAAGAAAGGUUGUUACAAAACUAAGUUGUAAACAACCACAUUUCAUUUUUUUGCCACUGGAAACCAAUAGGGCAAUUACUGACAAGUCUGUUCAAAAGAACAUUUCUUCAUAAAGUUCCUUAUUUAUUGCUCCUCACUCUGCAAUAUGUAAAUAAUCAGUGGAUCCUAUACUUCACGAUGUUGCGAAGGAGACAGAGACUUUAAAUAAAAACAACAAACAUAGUUAAUACAAGAAAAAUAAUAAGUUGAAGAAUCAUAGUUCUACUGGGACUUAAUCACUAAAAUUUCACCCUCUAAAAUGAAUUGCUAGAAAAUCUGAUAAGUGUUAACAAUGAGCAAAGUGCCUGGUGAUCUUUGCACACCUACUGUAUACCAAACCUCUAGUGCUGAGUAUCACGUAGCUCAACCAUAUCCCUCCCUUUGCAGGUCAACUGAGGGCUUUUAAGACUCUCAGAUGGCAUGUACUUUGUAAGUAAAACACCAUCCAUUUUAACCUCUGUAUAUAUUUGUU